GAGCAAAUGACAGUGGGCAGUUGAACAGCAGCCAGAGCCUGAAGAAGCCAACUCCGGGGAGGAGGAGAGGAAGCAGAAGGCUCAGUCUCGGUCUCCUACUCUUGGCAAGAUGGGUGACUGGAGCUUCCUGGGGGAGUUCCUGGAGGAGGUCCACAAGCACUCCACAGUCAUCGGCAAGGUCUGGCUCACUGUCCUGUUCAUUUUCCGCAUGCUGGUCCUGGGCACCGCUGCUGAGUCCUCCUGGGGAGAUGAGCAGGCCGACUUCCGGUGCGAUACCAUUCAGCCUGGUUGCCAAAAUGUCUGCUACGACCAAGCCUUCCCCAUCUCCCACAUUCGUUAUUGGGUACUGCAGAUCAUCUUUGUGUCCACGCCUUCUCUAGUGUACAUGGGCCACGCCAUGCACACUGUGCGCAUGCAGGAAAAGCAGAAGUUGCGAGAUGCUGAGAAAGCUAAAGAGGCCCACCGCACUGGUGCCUAUGAGUACCCGGUAGCCGAGAAGGCCGAGCUGUCCUGCUGGAAGGAAGUGGACGGGAAGAUUGUCCUCCAGGGCACCCUACUCAACACCUACGUCUGCACCAUUCUGAUCCGCACCACCAUGGAGGUGGCCUUCAUCGUAGGCCAGUACCUCCUUUAUGGGAUCUUCCUGGACACCCUGCAUGUCUGCCGCCGGAGUCCCUGUCCCCACCCAGUCAACUGUUACGUUUCGAGGCCCACGGAGAAGAACGUCUUCAUUGUCUUUAUGAUGGCUGUGGCUGGACUGUCUCUGUUUCUCAGCCUGGCUGAACUCUACCACCUGGGCUGGAAGAAGAUCCGACAGCGCUUUGGCAAGUCACGGCAGGGUGUGGACAAGCACCAGCUUCUUGGUCCUCCCACCAGCCUCGUCCAGAGCCUAACUCCUCCCCCUGACUUCAAUCAGUGCCUAAAGAACAGCCCGGGUGAGAAAUUCUUCAGUGACUUCAGUAAUAACAUGAGCUCCCGGAAGAAUCCAGACGCUCUGGCCACCGAGGAAGUGCCAAACCAGGAGGAGGUUCCAGGGGAAGGUUUCAUCCACAUGCACUAUAGCCAGAAACCGGAGCACCCCAGUGGAGCCUCUGCGGGCCCCCGCCUUCCUCAGGGCUACCAUACUGACAAACGCCGCCUUAGUAAGGCCAGCAGCAAAGCAAGGUCAGAUGACCUGUCAGUGUGACCCUCCUCUCAGGGAGGGCCAGGCCCAGGAGGGAGGAAAGGAGUGUGAGGCAGGAAAGAAGCAGUGUCUCUCGCGACUGUAUGCUCUCCUCAGCACCACUCUGCUCCAUCUGUCCUGGGUCUGGAUGGCGUUGCUCGUUAUCCUCAAAAUUACAGUUCUGAGUAUUCUCAAAGACUGGGCUACUCCUCAAGUCUCCUUCCUCCUCAUCUACCAGUAUUCACAGUGAAGCCACAGUGGAGGCAGGAUCGGGAAUCAUGGCAAAAUCUGAUCUGGGGAGGACAGAUUCAACACCAGCUGCAUACCAGAUAGACCCCCACCCCAAGUCUUCUCUUUGGUACUAUGCCCAUCCUCUUUUUUUUUUUUCUUAAGAGCCUACGGUUGAGAGUAUUCAUCAAAUAAUCUGUCCCGUAUCAUUCUUUUGAAUCCGUUGUUUCCACGUGCCGUACCUCGGAGUGCUGGUGAGGUAACUAUGGGCUGCCCUUGGCUGCAUCUCCCUCCUCCCAGUCUUAAAGGGGUAUCCUUGGUCCUUGGCCAGCAUCAGAUUUACAAGUGCCUUGGUAUGUGCCUUUGGCAAACAUUUCAUGUUGACGAUGUCUCAGCUUUACUGCCAGGCUAGACACCCAGCUCGUAAGGGUGCCAAGAUCUCUAGAAGUCACUGUGCACACAAGCAUCGCUGGAAUUGCCACCAGCUGUCAUCCUGCAGUCCUUUACAGUUCAACCUAAUGAUAGAAACCAUCCUGGCCUGCUCACCCACUGUCCCUCUAAAGUCUUUGUUAGCAGGAAUGUCCAAAGUCACCAUCCUGGAUCCUGGCCAGAUUACCAGCCUCCAAGUUCAGUGGAAUUUCCCCAGGAUUUAAUGAAACAAAGAGCAUUGUGCU